AUGGCCACCGAACUCACACAGGAUUCCGUUCUCCGUUUCCUUCUCAACAAUGGCGGGCAGGUGCGAAACGCGGAUUUACUGGCACACUACAAGCGGUUUAUAAGAGAGGACGAGGAGAGAGAUCAAAACCGCGAGUUAUUUAAGAGGUACGUGAACUCCGUGGCGACGGUGAGGCAGGAGGAGGGGGUGUCUCGUGUUGUGCUAAGGAAGAAAUACCGUGUACACCUCGGAGACGUCGCUAAGAAUCGGGAGCUCGAGCGACAGAUAGACCGAGAUCCUAAACAAGUGGUGAGUAUGAACCAAGAACGUAAACCACAAGCUGCUUUGCCUGUCCCAACUCUUGACACUGGUGUUGUAAUCUUGCCAGCUGCUGAUAUUGUAACAACCAUAACUAACAACAAUAACAACAACAACGGUUCUACUCCCAGUUUUGAGAAAGCCAUCAAAGUGUCAUCUCCUAAUGGCUGGGAACCUGUUGCAUCCCUUUCCAGUGCAGAACAGAAACUUGACUGCACCUGCCCUUUGAAACCAGCCCCAUCUGACACUGACAGUCACUCAAGUGGGAGCGGCCAGAGCUUAGAACAGCCAUGGGAGUCGAAAGCAACCGAGCUGGAAUGCAACAGUGUUUACCCUGCCGAACUGAGACAGUUAAGGGAGGCAGAUGGCUGCGAGCAGUACUUUGUCGCUAAUACGCCUUGUGCGUACUAUGAGGUUAGAGUGACGCCUCCACCUGAAAAGGCAAAUUUGAACACAUUGGACGUUAACUCUUAUAAACACUUUCAGAGGAAGUAUUUAGAGGAGCCAUUCUCCAAAGCAUGGCCUCCGCACACACCCCACGGACAGUUGCAUAUAUCCAGCUCUACGCCUUGUCUGUUGGACCACCCUGUAGCUCCAUACUCCAAUGCAGGUUUGAGUCACAGCAAUGAUAGUCUGCCCAGUCCAAACGGAGUGUUUAAUAGUGAGUAUGUUGCAUCCAUGGGUGUCCUGAACCCUCAGAUCUACGGCUUGCCUGUAGACCCCCCUCCUGGACAUGCAAGCGAAGCGUACCUGCAGCUACGCCCCCCCUCAAGUCUUUCCUCAAGUCACGACAGCCUCUCAGUCCCGUCCCCUUCCUCUAUUCCGUCUGAUACUGGUUGGCCACAAGGAUUUGAGCAGGAAGAUUGGUCCGGUGAUGAUGGCGUGAAGUAUCAAGGCCUCGCAGGACAAGAUGGUAACAAUGUACGUGCCUUCCUACGUCACUCCCAGGAGGCAAGGUUGUUGUCGCAACUCCACCAACCGAGUCACAAGAUUACGCCUUUGCACCAUUCCACUGGUCACCUUGAGGACCAGGACUCAAGGGGGUCUCCACGGAGCACUUCACCGGAGAUCCGUUACGGACCAAUUGCCCGCCGGUUCAGUUCUCGUCUGCGAAGUCGGAUGUGUCGGAGUCUGGGAGAAGACUUGAAUCAGCCUUUCCCAGAGGACGCCAUCUCAGCACGGCACAACCGUCUCCAGUUGUUGUCUUCGACUCUGAGCAUGGGUAAUCUAGUUUCCGCCUCUUCCAGCAGAGGACAAAGUUCUCAAAACCUUUCCUCGUCUGCUGGAUCAAUGCAAAGUUUGGGGACUCCCGUGCUUGAUGGGUCCUUCAACAGCAAACAUUCUUCGGUUCCUCUUGAUUCCAGAGAACACGAUUGGUUUGUUAAAGCAGCAUCAGGCACAUGGACUGACAUCUACGCCCUCUUCCGAGAGGACCCAAACCUUCUAAGCAAACGAGACUUCAUUUCUGGCUUCACUGUUGUACAUUGGAUCGCAAAGCAUGGUGACCAUCGCGUUCUGAAUACGCUUGGGUACGGAGUUGACAAGGCUGGAAUGACUCUAGAUGUUGACGCAAAGGCAUCGUGUGGAUAUACGCCUCUUCACCUGGCGGCCAUUCAUGGACACAAGAAGCUUAUUCGACUACUUGUGCAAAAGUUCAAAGCGGACGUGAUGAUCAGGGACAGCAGCGGGAAAAGACCGUGGCAGUACUUGAGUAAAGAUGAAAAUCGAGAUAUCUUAGAAGUCUUGGGUGCUCCAGAGAGAAUGAUUGGUCAUAGUCCAGGGAUGCAAAGCUCUUCUGUAAGCCUGCCCACAAGACCUGCAUCCGCCAGGGUGAACGUUAAAAGACAUACAUCUAUUGCUGCUCUGUUUAAACAUAAGUCUCACCUAAGGGUCUCGUCUAGCUCAGAGGCAUUUUAG